UACUGCCACAAGGCCAAAAGCGGACAUGGAGGCAUGACUGCGACAGAUCAUUGGCCUCCUGGACUACCACAAUGAAAACACAAAGGAGUGGGCCGGCACAGAACUCCUCCAAUGAGGAGGUUCAGUGAGAAAGAUGAAAACAUUUGCACCGCACAACCAGUGACAACCUUCCGCGAUAUAUGCCUGUCACCGAACAGCACAAGGCAAAGAAGAACGCAAAGAAGAAGAAGAAGAAGAAGAAGAAGAAGAAGAAGAAGAAGAAGAAGAAGGCGAAGGCGAAUGCGAAGAAGAAGAAGGCGAAGAAGAAGAAGUUCAAGAAGGCGAAGGCGAAGAAGGCGAAGGCGAAGAAGGCAAGGAAGAAGGCGAAGGUGAAGGCGAACGCGAAGAAGGCGAAGGCGAAGGCGAAGAAGGCGGAAGGCGAAGGUGAAGGAGGCGAAGGCGAAGGCGAAGAAGGAGAAGGCAAAGGCGAAGGCGAAGGAGAAGAGGCGAAGAAGGCGAAGAAGGCGAAGAAGAAGGCGAAGAAGAAGGCGAAGAAGGCGAAGAAGGCGAAGAAGGCGAAGAAAAGGGCGAAGAAGAAGGCGAAGAAGAAGCCGAAGAAGGUGAAGAACGCGAAGAAGAAGAAUAAGAAGGCAAAGAAGAAGAAGAAGAAGGCGAAGGCAGCGAAGAUGAAGAAGAAGGCGAAGAAGAAGGCAAAGGCGAAGGUGAAGGCAAACGCGAAGAAGGCGAAGAAGGCGAAGAAGGCGCAGAAGGCGCAGAAGGCGAACGCGAACGCAAAGAAGGCGACGGCGAAGGGGAAGAAGAAGGCGAAGGCGAAGAAGAAGGCAAAGAAGGCGAGGAAGGCGAAGAAGGCGAAGAAGGAGGCGAAGAAGGAGGCGAAGAGGCGAAGAAGGCGAAGAAGGCGAAGAAGGCGAAGAAGAAGAAGGCGAAGAAGGCGAAUAAGAAGAAGAAGGCGAAGGCGAAGAAGGCAAGAAGGCGGCGAAGAAGGCGGCAAAGAAGAAGGCGAAGAAGGCCGCAAAGAAGAAGGCGAAGAAGAAGGCGAAGGCGAAGAAGAAGGCGAAGAAGAAGGCAAAGAAGAAGGCAAAGAAGAAGGCAAAGAAGAAGAAGAAGGCGGCGAAGGCGGCGAAGGCGGCGGCAACGAAGGAGAAGGAGAAGGAGAAGGAGAAGGAGAAGGAGAAGAAGAAGAAGAAGAAGAAGAAGAAGGUGAAGAAGGCGGCGAAGAAGAAGGCGAAGAAGGCGAAGGCGAAGAAGGCGAAGGUGAAGAAGGCGGCGGCGAAGGAGAAGGAGAAGGAGGAGGAGGAGGAGGAGAAGAAGAAGAAGAAGAAGAAGAAGAAGAAGAAGAAGAAGAAGAAGAAGACGAAGAAGACGAAGACGACGAAGAGGAAGACGAAGAGAAAGGCGAAGAGGAGGAGGAAGAGGAGGAAGACGAAGAGGAGGAAGAGGAGGAAGAGGAGGAAGAGGAAGAAGAAGAAGAAGAAGAGGAGGAAGAAGAAGAAGGAGGAGGAGGAGGUGGCGGAGGAGGUGGAGGAGAAGGGGGAGGGAGGACAGCAAUUCCUCAGUGGGUGCUCAGACCACCGAAAAGGCUUGAGAGAGAGAGAGAGAGAGAGUUGGAAUCAUGCAGGGACUUCUGACUCGAGGGAUGGUUAGCGAAGGACGUGUGAAGUGCUGCAGUCAUUUUGGAGACUUACUGACGUCCUCUUGGUCACAGAACCCAGAAAG